AUGAGCCAAGCUAUGGGAGAUCAAGAAUCUGCAACCUCCCUCCCUCCCGUCUCCGCUGCUCUCUCCGGCAAUUCAACUACCGAAAUUCACAUUCCACAACAGCUCAAGUUCCUCAUCUCCAAUAUCAAGAAUCUUGUCCCCAAUGCUCUCACCACCGACAACUACGCUAUAUGGCGUCUUCAACUUCUUCAACAAUUUACCGCGAACAACUAUGCCGGACACCUCACCGGCACCACUCCCUGCCCCACCGACGUCUCCUCACAAGAAUUUCAGCGUUGGCAAUUAGCCGACAACAACCUUCUGUCCGCUCUUUUCUCUACUAUUUCCCCACCCCUUCUUCCGUAUAUCAUUUCUUGCACCACCACCCACGCGGCCUGGACUGUUCUUGAACGACGCCUACAGCCAACGUGCCGCUCGCGCGUCAUUCAGCUCAAGAAUGAGCUCCAUCAUGUUCAAAUGCAGAACAUGACUAUGCAACAAUAUCUCAACCACGUCAAAGUCAUCGUCGACAAUAUAGCCGCCGCCGGUUCCAACGUUGAUACAGAAGACGUCAUCCUACACAUUCUAAAUGGACUUCCGGCUUCCUACAACCCCUUCAAAGCAGCAAUUCGUACGUCACCGCUUCCGAUGACACUUGACAAUCUUUACUCUCUUUUGUGUAGCGAAGAAAUUAUCGUCAAUCAAGAAAUCUCCAAAGAAACCUCUACUGUGGCCGGCGCCACCGCUCUCUAUGCUACAUCCUUAAAUCAAAGCAGAAAUAGGCCACCACGCAAAAUUGGCAAGAUUCGCAACUUCUCCACCGGACAACCUUCGCUGCCAUCACUUCCCUCGUCGAACGCAUCAAGUCCGGUUUCUGCAAACACAGCCAGACCAAUUUGUCAGAUAUGCAACAAAGCCGGACACAUAGCCUUAAAUUGUUGGCACCGAUCCAAUCCGCGCUUCGCUCCGACCAAUCCUAGAUCCAUGAAUGCGUUUCUUGCCCAACCAAAUCAGACGGCAUCGCAAGAUUGGGUAGUAGACUCGGGCGCCUCCACUCAUCUCACGCCUGACCUCAAUAAUCUGCAAUAUCCCACAAACUACCAAGGUCAAGACAGCGUCUCUGUUGCAAACGGCUCGCAACUUCAGGUUGCUCACUCCGGACAAGGUCUUCUUCCCCUCCCCGACACUCCCCGUAAGAUCUACCUACGCAAACUCCUUCAUAUUCCGCAUUUGUCUCAUAAUCUUUUAUCCGUUUCACAACUCACUACCGAUAAUCCUAUAUCGGUAAGCUUUGAUGCUAAUGGUUUUCAAAUUAAGGAUCGCAAGGACCACCGUCUACUUCUUCAUGGGCCUCUUCGUGAUGGGCUAUACCGUCUUUCUCGUCCGACCAACUCAAAUCCGCAGGCGCUUCACGCCACGACGAAUCAAGAAACGAUCUGGCAUGCACGUCUCGGUCACCCUCAUCACGGGCUUCUCAAAACUCUGCGUUCUCAUUUACCGGAUAUUACACAUGUUUCAAAUAAUUUUUCUUGUGUUUCCUGUACUGUUUCCAAAUGUCAUAAGUCUUCUUUUAAUAAAAGUAACUCUGUUUCGCUUGCCGCUUUUGAUCUCAUUCACUCUGAUGUUUGGGGUCCGGCACCAGAAAAUUCAAUGGAUGGCUUUCGGUAUUACGUAAUUUUUAUAGAUGACUUUACGCGUUUUUCAUGGCUAUAUCUUAUGAAAUCAAAACAGGAAACGGUAUCUAAAUUUCGCUUACUUCUUCAACUUAUUUCCACACAGUUUAAAACCACUCCGAAGGCCUUUAGGUCCGAUGGCGGAGGCGAAUACACUAGCCACGAGUUUAACAAUCUCCUUCAAUCUCACGGUAUACUAAGGCAACUCAGCUGCCCUCAUACGCCUGAGCAAAACGGGCUCGCCGAACGGAAACACCGCCACCUACUCGAACUUGCCCGAUCCAUGCUUCACGCUGCAAAUCUUCCGAUCAUUCUGUGGGCUGAUGCUAUCGCCACUGCAAACUACUUGGUAAAUCGCCUUCCCUCAUCCUCCAUCUCCAAUCAAACUCCCUUCUAUCGGCUGCACGGCCAACACCCAACCUACACUCACCUCCGCAUUUUUGGAUGUCAAUGCUUUCCCUGGCUCAGACCUUAUACCCCCAACAAACUUUUGCCGAGAUCUCAAGAAUGUACAUUCAUUGGGUACUCACCUUCUCAUAAAGGGUAUAAAUGCUUGAGCCCUCUUUCAAAUAAAAUCUUUAUCUCUCGACACGUAACUUUCAACGAAAAUGUCUUUCCGUAUAAACUCAAUCCUACUCAAUCAUCAAAUCCCGUUCCCACAGCCGCCUACACUCCUCCCUUGGUUCUCAUUCCACCUUCGCUGGCCAUCAAUCCUAUGCCGCCUACAUCCUCUCAAACAAAUCAAUCCACUGUUCCCAUCCUUCAAAAUAAGCAACUCAAUCAUACAUCACCCGAGAUCUCUUCUGUUCAAUCCAUACCUCCACUUCUCUCUAAUCCUCCUGUUUUCAAUUCCUCCACACACCACAUGCAAACCAGACUGAAGUCCGGUAUCACCAAACCAAAACAUAUUUUCUCUCUUCACACCUCCGUUUCUCCCGAUCAAACGCCAACUUCAUACGCUCAAGCCAUCAAGCAUUCCCACUGGCGCAAAGCCAUGUCAGAGGAAUUUCAUGCUUUAAAGAAACAAUCGACGUGGACACUUGUCUCAGUGCCCGACCAAACUCCUAUUCUUGGGUGUAAGUGGACUUUCAAGACCAAACUACUUCCCAACGGCAAAGUCGAAAGAUACAAAGCUCGUCUUGUAGCACAAGGCUACGAUCAACAAUACGGAGUAAACUACACAGAAACGUUUAGCCCCGUUGCAAAAAUGACAACGAUUCGCGUUCUUCUCACACUCGCCCUCAAUCGGAAUUGGGAAAUUCGUCAACUCGACGUCUCGAAUGCUUUUCUCCACGGGGAUCUAACCGAAACAAUUUACAUGCGUCAACCUCCGGGUUUUGUUGACACCACUGCUCCGUCUGCCGUCUGCAAAUUAAACAAGUCUCUCUAUGGACUCAAACAAGCGCCGCGUCAAUGGUUUGAGAAGCUAACAACAUUUCUUCAAGAUCAAGGAUUCAGGUUUACUCGUUCUGAUCCUUCACUUCUAAUUUUUCGUCGCAAUAAUAUACAAAUCUUUCUCCUCAUAUACGUCGACGAUAUUUUAAUUACAGGAAAUAGUCCAGCAGCUCUAGCCGAACUUCUUUCCAAAUUGCACGACCAAUUUGCGUUAAAACAACUCAAUCAGCUUUCUCUAUUCCUCGGCAUCCAAAUCAUCCGACAGGAAUCCGGUCUACUUCUCACACAACAGCAUUACGCUGAGAAGUUACUCCGCGACUCUGGGCUAGCCGACUGCAAGGCUGCCGAUACUCCGCUGACUCCCAAGUCCAAAAGCAACACUGCCAUCAGCCCACCGUUCUCGGACCCAACUCUUUACCGUCGUCUAGCUGGUUCUCUCCAGUAUCUUUCUAUCACCAGACCUGACAUUUCUUUCGCUACAAAUCAAGCCUGCCAACACAUGCAUCAACCGACUAUUCAGAACUUUCAGGAUCUUAAACGUUUGCUCCGGUAUAUCAAGGGCACCUUAUCCUUCGGUCUGCCCAUAACUGCAGGUGAUCUCACUCUUCGGACAUAUACCGAUGCGGACUGGGCUUCCGACUCCUCCGACCGGAAAUCAAUUUCCGGUUUCUGCUCCUUCUUAGGUCCAAAUCUAAUCUCUUGGACCGUUAAGAAACAAGUGACCGUGGCCAAAUCGUCUACUGAGGCCGAGUACAGAUCUCUUUCAGCUGCUACCUCCGAUGUCAUUUGGUUGCGCCGUCUAGUUGAAGAACUAGAUCUUCCGCAACAAUCUCCGACACCAAUUCAUUGCGACAACACUUCUGCGAUCGCCCUCGCUCGCAAUCCUGUCUUUCAUGCACGGACGAAGCACAUAGAGAUAGACUAUCAAUUCAUCCGCCAGCAUCUCAAGACCGGCGCAAUCUCCAUAACACAUAUUCCGUCCGAUGCUCAGAUAGCGGAUAUUUUAACAAAGCCUCUCCAAAUCAGUCGUUUUCAAACCAUGCGUGACAAAUUAACUAUUCGGUCCCUGAAUAGUUAA